UUGCCGGUCAACGAGCGCCGCGUUUCAACUUGCUUCCUGUGUGGGAAAAGAUGUCUCGAAUUUCGUCAACAUUUGGAAAACAGGCCGGAUUACGGUCAUCUGUGAGAUCUUUGGGAGGGUCUAGCAUAAACAUGUCGAGAAUAUCGCAACCUCUUGGAUCUCAAGGUCCUGCUGUUUAUGAUUGGAGCCGGAAACUUAGAUCAAGGAGUCCAUCUCCUUCAAGACUUUCAAAUACUGAGUCAAAAGGUGCCUAUUUAACAGAUGUACCCUCCAGGUCACCCAGCAUGCUGAAGAAAGACAGUUCUGUGAACAAUGCCAUGCGGAAGAGCACAGGGAACUUGGCAGCAGCGUUUUCUGGAAAGGUAAACAAGAGCCACAGUGAUCUGACUGGUAUAGAAGCCGAGUACAUCAAGAAUCUCCAGCAACAGAUCUACUUCCUGGAACUCGAAGCCAACUAUCUACGAAACCAGACAAAGAAGGCAACAGACAUGCAUCCUCAAAUGACUGCUGAAGCUGAACACAUGCUCACCAAACUGAGGCAAAUGCAGUCGGAGAUGGAUGGUAUGCACACUGAGAUGAGGCACAGGGAAUCUGGGAUGGCCGUGGCUAAUGCUGAGAAAGAGAAACUUGAAGAACAACAGAUGAAUGAGAGAGACACAUGGCAGCGAGAAAAGCGCUUGCUGACAGAUGAGCUUAUCACAUUCAAGAAGGAGAAAGAUCGCUGCCAGAGAGAGGUGUCUCGGAAGGACACACAGCUUCUGGAGGCAAAGUCAGAAGUAGACAAAAGUGCUUCUGCCAUUAGGAAUGCAGAGCUUCAGAUUACAACUCUAAAGAGCCAGCUAGAUCAGCGAGUAGAGCAGCACAAGCUGACACAGCUCAACCUAGAGGAAAAGAGGUCUGAGCUGCUGACAGUGGAGACACAACUCCGGGAGUUGGAGGAGAAGUACUACAGCAGCACAAUCACGAUACAAGACAAGGUCACACAGGACCUUCGGGAUGAGAUCCGCUACCUGAGACAGAAGCUGAAGGAGACAGAGCUAGCGGCAGAGAAAGACCGCUACCUGCGCGACAAGGUAUCAGAAGACAGUUCCCACCUGGUGAAGGAGAACGCCAUGCUCAACCAGCAGAUCUCAGAGUUACAAAAACAGAUGGAAAGGGAACGUGGCUUGAGGGAAAGCAACGACCAACGUCAUUCUGAUAACAUUGCGGAACUUGUGAAUAGUCGCGACAAGGAGAAACAACUACAGUUUGAAAGAGAACAGCUGCGGGAACAACUGCGACGAGAGUCUGAGAAGGGUCAGCAUUACUUGGAAGAGCUCACAAAGAAAGAAACAACACAUAGCAGCACUGAGCAUCAACUGACCUCAGCCCAAAACCGUAUGGGAGAGCUGGAGGGCAUGCAGGUGGCUGCUGAUGCUGAGAACACCCAGCUGAGACGAGACAAACUGCUGCUUGUGGACCAUGUGGCUGACCUUCAGGCCAAGCUGGAGAUGAAGGACCGGGAGGUGCUGCAGCUGCAACAUGAAAUCGUAUCAAUGGAAGCUCGUCUCAACGAGUUCGAAAGUGACAACAACCUGGAGCAUACUGUACAGAGUCAGAAGUGGGAGGAGUUCGGGCGGCUAGCCGAGAGUAUGCGAACACUGUCUCACACUAUGGCAGCACAGUCCGUCACCCCACGCUCCAGUACCAAGAUACUCCGAUACUGAAGCUCAGCACACAACGACAUAUACAACACUAUAUUACUCUGCCAAUUAUAGUCUGUAUGAAGAGUCUUCUUAUGGCGUUAUGCAUCUUGACAGUAUAAAUGAGGCAUUAUUUUGAAUUAUGAAUGAAGGAAUGAAAUAGAGUAUUUUCUUAUAAAGUGAACAUACAUUUGUUGAAUGUUAAGUAUUUCUUGAUCAUGUUUAUAUGCCCAUUUGAGUGUAUGAUCUUAUUAUUGUUGAUUUAAUGUUAUGUGUAUAUGGACAACUGUAAGUCUUUUGGCAACUUAAGGGUGUCUGCUGUUAUACUUGUGUUUAAAUUUUAGUGACUCAAAAAGUCCUGAAGCUUAGUUCUGUUGUGACAUUUUUAACUGCCAACACUAUGGAAUGCAGCCAGCUUGUUAGACAUCUGAUUGAACAAGUUUCAAAAGAUUCAGUAUUUCUGUUACCAAGUAGUAAUGCCUCAGAAUUGAUAUUGUGUUUAUUUGAACACUUAUCAUUGGAAUAACUAUAAGUAGAAUAACCAUCUGUUAUAAUUCCAUCCUUGAAAAAGUUAAAUACAUUCUUUCAGACCAAUGGACAUAGUGAUACCUCUUUAUUUUAUAAAAACAAUGAAAUAUUACCUCAUGUCAACUGUUUAUUGUUUUACUCUGAAAUGUUGUUUCUAGUUGAACUGGAAAUGUUUAAUCAUUUUCUUACAUUUGAAAAUGUCUCAGAGAAACCCUGUGUAAUUGAGAUUACCAAAUUUAUGGAAUCAUGGGUACUCAGUUAUCUCCCUUAAAAUAUACAUGUAUGUCUCUAUUUUCCAGUAAACAAUGUGUUGAUAUUCCAAGAUUCCAGAUGCUUUUACCGGUAGUCAGGUUCUGUCUCAGUUAAAUUUUAUUUAACUGCAUAUUUUGCAAAUUCCUGUCUUUAAGUUUACUGUGAUAAAAAGGUCUGCUUGAAUGAAAAAAUCAAAGAUAGAAAAGAUUGGCAUGUUUGUGUUAAGUCAGCAUUUUCUGUACCAAAGAUAAUCCACUUGAUGUCAGAAAGAUAGCCAACAAUCAGUGCAUGUAAACCAUAACUGUCCUGUACGCUCUACUGCUAGGCAACAUCCACUAAUGUAAUUAUUUGAUUUUUUAAUAUAUCAUUUUUACAUUUUUAGUUAAAUGAAGCUCAAUACAAGAGAGAGCAUUCACUGAUAAUGUGUAUUUUCAGCUGUUCGUUUGAGGUUUAUGGGCCAGCUUGUUAGAAAAAACAAACUAGUGACACAUGUUCUGGGAAUGUUCUCUUACAGUUCUUAGUUGCAGACAUGCUCUGUUUUAGUUUCUUUCUUGGUUAUUAUAAUCAGAUGUUCCUGUCCACUGUUGUUUGUAUUCAGUAUCCGUCCAUUAUUUUUAUUUAUUCCAAUCUCUGUGAUUUUGCUCGAUAUUACAUUUUUAUUUCAUUCAGUCUAGGUGUUACUCAAAUAUUUAUCUACACUCUCUACUUUGUAACCGAAUGCCAUGACCAUAGAAGUGAAUAUACUUCUUUGAACUUAGUGGUUUUUCGAGCAUGAUAGAAUCCGUAGUCUAUGGAUAAAUCCUAUAUAUUUGUUGUAAUUAAUAUAACAUUAGUGCGGUAUUCAUUGUAUUAAGAUGUAGAUUUAAUUUACAAUCUAAUACUGAUUCCAGAUAUUCGAUGUAAUGAAUAAAAAGCAUCAUAACAA